UGAACCGCCGAAUCCGAAACUUCUGUGGGCAUAGACGGUGUUUACAUGCUGUACAGUCGGACUAUCUGGAGAAGCUGGAGAACUUGACAUAGCAGACAGCGAUACGUCGGGGCGAGCAGCCGUGGCGGGGAUCGAAGACGAAAGGAGACCCCGGCAGCUUCUCGAGCGAAGGACUGGCUCAACAUGAAGCACUUGGUAGUGGUGGCCGAACGUAAAUUGUAACAGGAGCUGAAUCAAGGCGACUGCACGGGAAUGGACCGCGACUGGACUUUAAGCAGCCCCGAGUGUCUGAGCGCAGCGGCCUCGUCGCCACCGCACGGGGAAGAGGACACAACGAGCAGAAGAAGCGGUCACUCUGAGCUCACUUUCCAAGAGAUGGGCCAUGUUGACUUGGGUCGGUUAGAGCUGGACAAUGAGGAUACGCCGACAGUUGCGUUUGCAGCCAUUUUGAAAACAGAGGAGGGUAUCCAUGAGCAUCUUUCCAGUUACAUUAAGCAAGAGGAUAGUCAGUUGGAUUCUCCUAGGAUUUCUGCCAUUAAAAUGGGACAGGGAUUCCUCAACGCCAAGGAGGAGGCGUUCCUCAGUGUUAAAGAGGAGGCCGCGGAAGUUGAACUUUCUGCAAUUAUUAAAAAGGAAGUGCUUGAGCUGGAGUCUGCAGAGGAAGGUAAAUUCACUGAAAUGGACAAUAUCCCAGAAGGAUCUCUUAACGGAAAUACAUCCUUUAUUCAGCAAACAUGUGGGCAUGCAGGUGAAGCAAGUUUAGACAAUUAUUUUAUACAGAGAGAAAGUAUGGAAAGUCUGCAGCAGCUCCAGGUAUUCAGUAAGCUUCAUCUACAUAAUGAAAGUGCAAAGGUGUUUUAUGGUCAGGCUGUGAAGCUUCGACAGCACCAGAGAAUACACACAAGUGGGAAAACCAUCCAGUGUAAUGAAUGUGGAAAGACUUUUAACAAAGCGUCAAACCUUAAGUGUCAUCGUAUGAUUCACACGGGACAAAAACUGCACAAGUGUAGUGAAUGCGGAAAGACUUUCAGUGACGCAACAAACCUGAAGUGUCACCAGAGGAUUCACACGGGGGAAAAGCCUUACCCGUGUACCGUGUGUGGAAGGAGUUUCCGACAGAUUGUGGGCCUCAAACAACACCUGAGAAUUCACACCAAAGAAAAACCUUACCAGUGUCACGAAUGUGGAAAGACUUUCAGGCAAGCGUCAAUCCUUAAACAACAUCAGAGAAUUCACACGGGGGAAAAACCUUACCAGUGUACCGAAUGCGGAAAGCGUUUUAGUAAAGCAUCAAACUUGAAGUGUCACAGGGUUAUCCACACUGGGGAAAAGCCAUAUCAGUGUGCUGAAUGUGGAAGGAAUUUUAGUAAAGCAUCAAACCUGAAGUGUCACCAGGUAAUUCAUACAGGUGAGAAACCGUACCAGUGCACAGAAUGUGGAAAGACGUUCAGACAAGUUGUAGCCCUGGGGCAACACCAGAAAAUUCAUACCUGUGGGAAAAAAUACCAAUGUGACGAAUGUGGAAAGAGUUUUGGCAAAGCGUCCAACCUCAAGUGUCACCUGGUCAUUCACACCGGAGAGAAGCCGUACAAAUGCACUGAAUGUGGAAAGACCUUCGGUGAUGCAGCAAACCUGAAGUGUCACCAGAGGAUUCACACGGGAGAAAAGCCAUACCCAUGUACCGAGUGUGGGAGGGCUUUCCGGCAAGUCGUGGGUCUUAAACAACAUCGGAGAAUACACACCAGAGAAAAACCUUACCAGUGCGACGAAUGCGGAAAGACUUUCAGGCAGGCUUCGAUUCUUAAACAGCAUCAUAGAGUUCACACGGGGGAAAAACCUUACCAGUGUAAUGAAUGCGGAAAGACUUUUAGUAAAGCGUCCAACCUGAAAUGUCAUCAGGUGAUUCACACGGGGGAGAAACCGUUCCAGUGUGCCGAGUGCGGAAAGAAUUUUAGUAAAGCAUCAAACCUUAAGAGCCACCAGAUCAUCCACACAGAUGAAAAACCGUACCAGUGUAAGGAGUGUGAGAAGACUUUUAGGCAAGUCAUAGGCCUUAGGCAACACCUGAAAAGUCACACCAGAGAAAAACCUUUUCAGUGCACCGAAUGUGGGAAGAGUUUUAGCAAAGAGUCGAACCUGAAGAGUCACCAGGUCAUUCAUACGGGAGAAAAACCCUACAAAUGUACCGAAUGUGGAAAGACUUUUAGUGACUCGGGAAACCUGAAGUGUCACCGGAGAAUUCACACCGGUGAAAAACCGUAUCCGUGUACUGAAUGUGGGAAAAGUUUCCGACAAGUCGUGGGCCUUAGACAACAUCAGAGAAUCCACACCAAAGAAAAACCCUACCUUUGUAACGAAUGUGGAAAGACCUUCAGACAAGCCUCAAUUCUGAAACAACAUCAAAGGGUUCACACGGGAGAGAAACCUUACCAGUGUGGUGACUGCGGAAAGAGCUUUAGUAAGGCGUCCAACCUGAAGUGUCACCUGGUAAUUCACACGGGAGAGAAGCCAUACCAGUGUGCUCACUGUGCAAAGAAAUUUAGUAAAGCGUCCAAUCUGAAGUGUCACCAGAUAACACAUACUGGGCAAAAACCGUACCAAUGUACAGAAUGUGAGAAGACUUUCCGGCAAGUCAUAGGCCUCAGGCAACACCAGAAAAUGCACAACGGAGAAAAACCAUAUCAGUGUAAUGAAAGCUGAAAGACAUUUUCAGACAGUCUACAGAAACCAGAUACCAUCAAUUAAUUCACACAUGGAGAAAAGCCAUAGAAGUGAACUGAAUUUGAAAAGACUCUAAUCGAUGCAGGAAACCCAGAGGACCUCCAGAGAAUUCAUACAUGUAUACCAGUGUACCGGAAGAACUUUUAUUGGAGUUCAAGCUGUAAGCCCCACUGGAGUAUGCAUGCAGGCAAACCCCAGUAAUGUGUUGUAUGGAAGAUGGACAUCUAAAAAUGCACACCUAAGGCCUAUUUUGACGUCCAGUAGGAGGAUUAAAGUAAUCUAAUGAUUAGGUUUCACAGUAUCACUUGACAGCCAUGACUGUAGUCUUCAUGUGGGGGGGCUGAAUUAUAUUCAUGCCAGUUAUCAUCAAUGUAAGACUUGAUGUACAAUGUGAGCACAGACCAAGACAGAAGCUGAAAUGUGGGUAAAGUGUGUCCACUUGAAUAACAGCAGUUAACAAAGGUGAGUAGAGAAUCCAGUGUCCUGUUAGAUCAAGAUGGAAGAUGUUCAUCUAUGACUUGAUAGAAAGCAGUGGAAGAACUAAGCACAUCUUGCAUAAGGUAGUGAAUUUCUUACUAAAUAAUAUGCCAGAAGAACCCACUAAGAGUGGAACUUGGUGUAAAUUAUGGAGCAGUAAAUAAAGUAAGAUCACUGAUUUUUAAUCAUGGUAUUUCAUUUGUAGCAGAGGUUGAGGAAAAGUAGUAAGAGUACAGUCAAAUGAGGAAGAACCUGCAGAAUGAUGCAUCAUGGAGUGCAGACAUUGGGAGAAAGAACACUUGCAAACCAAGGUCUUAAUUGCAAUAAACUAGUCAGUCCUGUUUGUGGUAAAAAUAAGAAUGAUCCGAAAAUGACGUGAGAUGCCAGCCAGGAUAAGCCAAAGGGAACUCACUGGGUUUUGUGAAUCGUGUACAUUGAAACUUGUGUGGAAAUUAUAUUUUCAGCUCAGUCCCAGCAGUGAUUUUUCUGUCUGCUUGUCUUCUGAAAGAAGUGGCAUACCAGACCAUUGCCAGGCAUAGCACUUAAAGAAUAUCCCACCGAAAAAUUAUAUUUGGUUUCUUUGUUAUUGAUGCCAUGCACUGUAAAGGGAUGUCCAAGAAAGAAAAACAAACUCAUGUUUUCCUGCGGAAUGGGGAAAAAAAAUUUGGUACAAUAGAGGUCAAUAAUGACCAACAUGCUACAGUGGGCAAACAAUGUGAAAAAAGUCCAUAAAAAUUGUGUUUCUUGAAUCGCAUAAUCUAUGUGUCAGUUAUCCAGUCGUUUAAUCAAAUUAUUCAUAACACAAGCUAAAACAAUGUUCGGUAGUUUUGGAAAAAUUAUAAAUGGGAACUAUAAAGCCUUAUGGGAAAAACUUUUUAAGUUUAAGACCCAACGUUCCCCCAUAUUCCUUGGUCUAGAGUCUUGUCUUCAACUCAGAAUGUCUUUGGGCACCCAGUCUUGUUGUGCCGUGAGCCCCAGCCAGACUCUACUCUUCGGCUGCACUGUGCAAAUCCUGUGGCCUUAUCGUGUAAUCGGAGUAGAGCUUUUAAAUCACCGCACUCCGGAGGUCUGCAGCUGGACCCUUCUCAACCAAAUGCAGCAUAAGAUGCAGCGUCUUCCAUUCCUGUCUUCCUGUUUGUAUUGACUGACCAGUGAGCUUGAACCACACAGCACUGUGGGUAAUAUUUUUAAAGAGAGAGGCUGGCUUUCCCCACGCUGUUAACAUACAAGUCUUUAAGUCUCUGAUGUAAAAUCACAUUUGUUGUUUCUUUUUGCUUGUGGGGUUUGUGUUUUAGUUUUAAAUGGGUUGACAGGUUCCCCACAAAUUUGUAGCAUACCCGUAGAACCCAUACCAGAAGAAAAAUGUAAUCCGUCAUCCCAGAUCGACCAGUAUCACCACUCACUACUACUGCAUACUUGAGAGUAAGCCUUGUGAAUCGUGAAUUAAUGUUUAGUAAGACUAAAUGAAGCUCUUGUAGUCACCACUUACUUUACCAGAAUAUCAAAAGCUCGUAAUUUGACACUUUAUUGAUGCCUUGUAAGUGUUAUGAAGACCUCAAGAAAUGUUUGCUAAGGUGCUAUCACAAAGCAGUAUAUGACUUAUAGACACAUUUCAAGUAUAUUGUAAUCUAAAGUGUUAGCCAUUCAGUAUGAAAGGAACUUUACGAUUGCCUACAAAUCUCAUUGUGAACAAUCUAGUUAACCCACACAAGUCCUCUUCAGGCUCCUCCUGCAGUGUUGAGCUUGAAGAUGAAGCAAAGUCAUGCUGCGUUUCAUACACUUUGGAAGUCGAUGCUGGGAGCGACGUUACACUCGAGUUGACUCACCCCGUUCCAGUAAAAUGUUUGGAAGACCAAUAUGGACAGCUCCUCUUUUGGAAUAUAGACAAUUACUGAACAAACUGAUAACAAUGCAUUGCGUACUAUUCUGCACAUCCAAACACUGUAGCAACUCGGAAAUUCUGACUUCCCGGUUCAAAUAAAAUGCUUACAUGCACGUCGGCAUAGAUCACCUCCAGAUUAGAGCCCCCGACACACUUAUGUGACAGUCUGACAUUCUUUUGUCUUAAAAUGAGCAUUUCAUUGUACUGUUUUUAGGCUUUUCCAGGAGAUUUGAGUUUCGCAUUGGAGUAGAUUGUUUGAGCAGUUAAACACAGUUGUCAUCUUUACAUAAUUUGUUUUUUUGCAUCUUACUGUUAUGGUUAUACAAAUAAACACAACUUUUCUUGAA